AUGCACAAGUACAGAGAUCACAUCUGGUUUUGUUGUGUUGUACUUUUAAUGUUAAUUUUUCUACUAUAUAUUCUCACUCUUAUUCUCACUCUCGAAAACAAUUCACCAAUGGAAUUCGCCAUAGCUGAUGCCUCAAUCAAGCAGUUCAAUAUCACAAGUGACAACACCUUAUACUACAAUUUUAAGGUCAAUAUUACUGUGAGAAACCCAAACUGCUUCAAAGCUUUGUACACGAUGAAAGCGAUUUCAUCUUAUAAAGGUAAUAGAAUUGCUGAAGUGGAUAUGUCACCCAUGGACCCAGGUUUUGAGAAGACCAUUGCGCUCAAACCUGUCGUGUUUUACGGCAACAGUUUUAUCAAACUCAGUGAUCAACAAUUUAUUGAGUAUGAUAAUGAGACACGAUUGGGGAUUAUUAAUUUAGAUUUGAAAUUAGAUUUGGAAUCUAAUCAAUAUGUUUAUUGUCUAGGUUUGAGAGUUCCUUUGAUUUCUGAUGGAAAAUUAGAAUCUACUUUCAAUGUUACCAACUGCACCCGUGAAUACCAGGGAUGGGGCUAG